AUGUCUGGAAUCGAGGGACAUAAGGGGAGCAUGAUGUGCACACCCGCACGGCGGCGUGGGCGCCAUACUCUAGAACAGCGUCGUCAGCACAUCGUCAUCAUUCCUGAUAUCUGGGUUGCCAGUUGGUUGAACACGAGACAAAGUACAUAUCUGGUGGUAACCUACUCAACAGAGUCGGGGAACGAGGUCAACUUCGAAGCCCUAGCGGCAUCUUGA